CCAAUUUGGCAAUGGUCGCUUCCAUUCUCACAAGUACCAUUACCUUUUUGAGAUGGAAAAACACAUUCAAAGUAGGAUACAGAUGUCAGUCUAACGCAAAAUAAUUAUAUAAAUAUAUGGGUAUGGACGUAGCUGGUGAUGAUGAGGUGCAGCAGUCUUGGUGGAAGAGGCAGCAGACGAAUUUCCGCAAGGAGGUCAAUGAUUUCGAUCUGGCGGAGUGCAGUGGUUGCCGGUAUAUUGGUGGAGGUGGCAUGAUAGGGGCUGGGCUUUACGUCGCCUAUGCAGGCUAUCGUCGAGCCAAAGGGUUGGGCCGAAAAUGGCGGUUUAUUCCAUCCACCUUGGUUGGAUCAGCUUUGGUGACUCUUGGGUUGAUGAGACUCUCUGGACACAAUCCCUUCUCAUCAAGUGGGAAGUCAGUCGGAAUUGAUGCCUUGGAGCCCCUCAAGGACAUGAUAUCCAAGAGUCAAACGGAAGCUGAGCUUAGGAAGAAACUGCAGAAGCUGGAGCAGCAGAGGCUGGAUAAUGCAAACCACAUGGAGAAGAAGCUGCAAGGGGUAGAACACAUGGGGAAACAGGAGAAGCCUGACACUAGGCAACAAAAGCAGGACUCAAGUGCACCCGGUACCCAGGACAAAACACAGCCUAGUUGAUGAAAGUCAAGCAAGAGCAGUGGGGUGGUAUUUGAAAGGUCACCGGUCAGUGACUGUGAAGCAUUGUGGUUUACAUCUUCAGCUUAGAUUAAUGCAUUUAUUCUGACAAAGAGACUUCUGCCUCCACCACUGUUCUAAAGGCUAACAAGGAACUAUUCAAUUAAAUAUUGCAACAGAAUACAUCUUUUGACCAAUCUCUUCGCAAAGUUUUGAAUGUUGCCGUAUAUCCCAUUUAAUCUUCUCUGUUUUUUCUUCAAGAAGAUGUUAUGGCUGUAUUGAGGCAUGUGUCGUCAGUAGGUUGAACUGCUUGAAAAGAAUUCUCAGAUUCAAUUUCUCUGCCCCAUUUCUUUUAGACAUAUUUGCUGUAAUGAAAUUGCCCAUAGUACAAGAGUUAGAAGACACAAAUAACAUCUGAAUUUUGCAUUUUUUAGUACCUAGUCAAGAAAAUAGAAAGCUUGAUUUUGCAAAGUGUGGUAAAUUUAAUAACAGAGACAAAUUGGAUAUAUGAAUGGGCCAAUUGUUCUCAACCACGCAGAUUAAGUGAGGUUCGUCAGCUUGUACCAUUAAAUUUGCAUAUAAAAAUUA